GUAUUGAUAUCUUAUCAGUCACAAUUAUAGUACCUGUUGAUUAACAACUGCUAAUUUAUCAUCAUGCAUUUCAGGGCUUUCGUAGUAGCUGCUACCCUAGCUGUGGCUGUUGCCCGGCCCCAACUGGGACAUGGUCAUGAGGCCCACCACCACGCCGUCUCGUCACAGCACAUCCAGCGCCACGACGUGCCCGGCAAGGCGCCUGAAGGCCACCACGACUACUACGCGCACCCUAAAUACGAGUUCGAGUACAAGGUGGAGGACCCGCACACCGGCGACAAGAAGUCCCACCACGAAUCCCGCGAUGGCGACGUCGUGAAGGGCUACUACAGCCUGCAUGAAGCUGACGGCACUGUCAGGAUCGUGCACUAUACUGCUGAUAAACAUAGCGGAUUCAACGCCGUUGUCACCCAUGAAGGUCAUGCCAAGCACACUGUUCCAGCUCAUCAUCAUUGAUUUUGUGAUAUUUAGAGAUACACAAAUUGUUGACUUGUUUUAACUCCAUGGUACAUGGC